AUGGUCGCCUACUACUCCAUCCUCGGUCGCCAGGUCGGCUCCCACUAUCUGGCCAUUGCCACCCUCUCGACCCUCUUCGGUGGUGUCUACAUCGCAUCGUCCGGCCCCAGCAAGAAGGUUGCUCAGCUGCCGCCCAUCAACGCCGGUUCUCCGGACGAGGCGGAUUUUGUCAAGAAGUUCAUCGAGGAGGCCGACGGCAAGAAGAAGGAGGCACACUAG